AUGGAGAAUCGAGGUAAUGAGUUAGCAGUGACUGUGUCAGCGUUAUCAACGUUACCUGCACUGCCAGCGAUAGUGAAGGAGGAGCCUGCUGAGCAAUCUAACUCGAAGCAAGACACACAGCAAUCUCAACUGCAGGAUGUUUGUCUCGAAGAAGAAUGCGCCGAUCAACGAAUUGAGUGCACUACCGAGAGUCAGGAGAGCGAAAUGCGAGCAUUUCUGUCAAAAUGUAUCUUCUGCAGCAAGAUAUUCACUCUGGGAGACGAGCCGAAACUUCUCGAGUGCUUGCAUGCAGCUUGUACAACGUGUGUUAAUAAUAAGCUCAGUGAUCAUAACACAUCAGUUGAUGUGGAUGUAUUGUUGGAAAGUAAUGUAAUCAUGUGUCAAAUUUGCAACGUUGCCAGCCAAGUAGAAAACCUAAUUGAAAACAGGUUUCUCUCCAAAUUGUUAGAAGAAGAUACCAAUUUAGGAGUGGAAGAUGAACUUAAAGAUACAGAAGAGGAAAAGAAAUGUACUAGCUGUCACGAUAAUGUUACAGCUACUAGCUGGUGUGUCGAAUGUGAAGAAUUUAUCUGUCAGAAUUGUGUUAUGGCACAUCAGAGAUUGAAAAUAACUAAGGAUCAUACAAUUAAGCCUAAGGAUGAAGUAGCAAACGAUAGAGAUAAUGUAACCAAAAAAGGUAACAAGAAGAUACCCGGAUGCUUAUUUUGUAUGAUCCACUCGCACGAACAGUUAUCCUUGUUUUGUCAGACAUGUGAUAGAUUAACAUGUAGAGAUUGCCAACUCAGUGAGCAUCGUGACCAUAAGUACAAAUUUAUUCAUGAAAUUGCUGCUGAAACACGUUCCUCUGUGUCUACUUUGCUCAAAGAAGUUAGUUACAAACGGGUGUUGUUGAGAAGCGCAAUGAAAGUUAUAGAAGAUAGACAAAUUUUAAUAUUAGAAAAGAAAAAGAACCUUGUUCAGGAUAUAACUCAGAUGGUAGUACAGCUGACGAAUGCGAUCAACACUAGGGGGAAGCAAUUGGUGAUGCGAUUGAAUGAAGUGUGCGACCAAAAGCAAAAUACACUUAAUGAGAAAAAAGUUGCUCUGGACCAAUUGUCUAAGCUGACGGAUCAUUGUAUACUUUUCGGCACCUACGUCCUGAACAAAGGCUCCGAUAUGGAGUUAUUAUAUAGUAAAAAGUCUGUCACGAGCCACUUACAGAGGAUAAAGAGCCGACGAGCCGAUAUACCUAAUCCGGAGAUACCAGUUCGAAUACAUUUGUCUUUAGAGAAAGUACCGGACCUGAUAAAAGUCGUGUCAUCGAUCGGGGCUAUAGUCGUCGACGGUAGAGUGUAUCCCUCUCUAUCGCCCACAAUCUGCGGUAACACUGCGGUAGCUUACAACGAGUCGCAUACCGAACAAAAGCAAAUGACCAAUUCGACGAACGCUCAUACGGAUGGUGCCGUACCUGUAGCGCAACAACAGGGGUUGCCGUUACCAACUGUGUUGGUGACACAGCAAUCCAGCAAUGUCCAACCAAACUCCUACCAGCAAGUGCCUCUGCAUCUACCGCCGCAACAGCAGCAGCAGCAACAACAGCAACACGUUCAACAAUCGCAGAAUUACAUGCAGCAAUAUGCCGUGCCGCAUAACAUACCGCCCCGGUCGUCGCCGCAAACGCAUCAGCCACGAGUACCCUACACUGUCAACUACAACAAUAGGCUACAGCAACCGUUGCAACAGCAAAUGAUGCAUCAACAACGGCCAUUGGCCAACUGUCACCAGCAACAAGUCACAUCGUCCACGCACCCGCAUCAGCAGGUUCAAAACAUGGAUCAGCACGGGCAGAACGCCAGCCUACGCGGCCUCCUCGCGCACAACCCACCUCCACCACCGCCACUGCCGCCGCCUCUGCCGGCUCCUGCUCAUCCAUCAUUCCGGACAUCCAGCAAUCACGUACAGUAUCGAUUACCACCUGGAUACAGAUACUCCUCAGGUGGGAACCCUCAGAAAGGAACGGUGCCACAACCGCCGGUACCACCGCCUCACUCGUACCAGCCGGUGAACGCGGCUGGUACGCCUGGGACGGCGCGCUUGCAGCAAUGUAACUUGGCGUCUCCGUCGGCGGCGCAACACCACGCCAACUACCCUGUACAGCAUUCUACUGCACGCUGGCAUAUACCUCAGCAGGUGAAUCCCUGUAUACCUUUCUACGCGUCGUCCCGUCAUCAGCACGUGGCACCUCACAUGCCAGUCCCUUUUAAUGACGCGUACAAGAUCACCCUAAGGAAUCAGCAAACGAGUAAUAAUCAAAAGUACAGCGGCAACGCGAGCGAACGCAGUACGUGCGACAAUCCGCCUCAGUCACAGAACUCGUCGAAUAUCAUCGGCCACGCGGUCAGUUCGUCCGUGCCCAAAACACCCAGCCCGGUCACCACUCCCGGCAAGCCGGACGAGACGGAGAAGAGCUUGGAUAAGUUCUGCCAGAAGUCGUUGAAUGAUUUGAUGCUCACCAUCGCGAAAUUGGAUAGCAACGGUAUCGUGGUGAUACCGGAGGCUCAGAGAAAUCAGAUGGACUCCGCGCAGGUUGACAGUUCCACCGACGAGGAUAUGAACUCGAUGGCUGAGAACACAACAGCGGAUAAUCCGAAAAGUACUCCGGCUUCGAUGGUCAUGAAGGACGACCCGAACGAAGACUGGUGUGCAGUAUGUAUGGACGGGGGUGAUGCGGUUCUUUGUUGCGACAAAUGUCCAAAAGUCUUCCACCUUUAUUGUCAUAUACCCAGUCUAGAAUCUUUUCCAGACGAAAGUGAAACUUGGCAGUGCAUGUUGUGUACGAAUGUCCUCGAUUGUACGGAUGACCCAUCGAGCGGUGAAAAGAGGUCGAACAGUAUGAGUACUAAGGAACUACGGAUUGCGCAAAGAAUCGUUUUGGAGCUCUACUGUCAGUACGAACAGAGUCUUCCUUUUCGAGAAGUCGUCUCAAGCGAAAUUACCGACUACCAUCGGAUUAUUAAGAAACCGAUUGCGUUGGAUAUAAUCAGGGAUAAAUUGAAGCUCGAUCAUAUUAAUCAUUAUACGGAUUUGAGACAAGUCAUGGCAGACAUCAGGCUCAUGUUUAAAAAUGCUUUCACCUACAAUCCCGUCGAUUCGCAAGUAUACCAAGAAGCUAGGAAUUUAGAGGAAUUCUUCGAGAAGUUGUUAUUGAAAUGGGCACCUAAUUAUGCGUACGACGAUCCUUUCCUUGCAACCGACAAAGACGAAGAAGAGGAAGUAUUUCCACCUAAUAGAAAGUAUAAACGUAUAAUUAGCGACUAAUAGGAUUGGAUGCUGCGUGAAUGAACUUGUUAUAAAUUGUACUUCGCCAAGAUGAUGUCUGAGGCGAAAUUACUCUUUUAUGGCGACUUUUAUGCACCAUUUAUUAAAUUGUUAAUUACAUAAUUUGAUAGAAUGCGAUGAACAUUGAGAUUAUACCUCAAUAUAGUUGAUAUGUUAAUAUAGUUGAACGCUAGAAAAAGUUAGAAGUCAAGAGAGAGAAUGAGUAUACGUUCUGUUUUAUGCAGAAUUUAUUCACAGUUGAGUCUUCUUACACGUAACCUCUGUAUACUGUUUUCGAUUAGAGAGAAGCGUUUUCAUGUAACAGUGCGAUGAUAAAUUCAUUGCGAUUGAAAACAAGUAUAACUUUACAGUUUCUUUUUUCCGACACAUCUCGUUUUUCGGAUACGUAUUUUAACGUUUUUAUGUCCGCGAGAAAACGCGGUCAGAUUUUUGAAUAAAAAUCUUCAAUAUGAACGUUGAGCAUAUUAUCGCUUAAAAUUUUAUCGCGUUUGUUCACCUCGUGGUAUGCUUGUUAGCAAUAUAUUGAUUAAUCAAAUACAUAAGAUACACAGAUUAAUCAAAUAGAUAUAUAAUGUAACUAUACUUCUUAAUAAAUUUUUUACGAAUUUCUUUCAUCUUUA